AGACGGCGCCCCCGAGUCGGGCGGCGAGCGCUCCCUUCUGUCACACUCGCUUCUGUCUAUGGUGCGCUCGACGAGUUUGCGUUUCCGGGUCGGUUUUCCUUACUGCCGUUCAGCUGAGGAGCUCCUUAGUCCUUAGCAGCAGCAGCAAGCCGACGAGCUAGAGACGCGAAGGGAAUCGAGAUUUCGUAGACCCACGGAGAGAGGGCGCGGAGCCGCAAAGUGAGACGCAGGAUGGAAUAAAAUCUGUAACCAGGCAGCGCUCAUACAAGCUGGGCUUCAGAUCGGCGCCACGAUCCGCUUGUAAGUCUGGCAGAAUACUCAUGGGGUGUACCUUUGGCCAUGGUAGUGCAAAACUCGAGGUUCAUUCUGAUUGACAAUCCAAAAAAUUCCAAAAGGAGAUCUGGCCUCAUGAAUUGAGUGGAUUACAAUUUCACCAUUGACAGAACAAGAAGCAUGCUGCUAAUUUGCACUUCCACUGGGUAAAGACGGCAGAGUCGUGAGUGCUGCUUGCACUGUUUGGAAGCUGAACUAUGGGGAACACUGCAACAAAGUUUCGCAAGGCACUUAUAAAUGGAGAUGAAGCACUUGCUUACCAGCUCUAUGAGAGCAACCCCCAGUUCAAGGAAUCCCUGGAUCCAAAUACCUCAUAUGGGGAACCCUACCAACACAACACUCCCCUUCACUAUGCUGCAAAGCACGCUAUGACCCGUCUGCUCAGAGCUUUCCUCUACAGUAAGGAUGGCAACCCAAACAAGCGCAAUAUCCACAACGAAACAUCAAUGCACCUGAUUUGCAUGGGACCGCAAAUUAUGCUACCAGAGGGGGCACUGCACCCGAGGAUUUCCCGGCCAUAUGAGGAUGAGCAGAAAAGAGCAGACUGUCUGCAGAUGACCCUCAAGUGGACUGGGGCGAAGCUGGACCAGGGAGAGUACGAACGAGCAGAUGUCAAUGCAGUUGACAACAAGAAAAGCACGUGUUUGCACUACGCUGCUGCCUCAGGGAUGAAAAGUUGCGUGGAGUACCUGGUGAAAAGUAAUGCAGACUUGUUUUGUGAAAAUGAAGAUAAAGACACUCCCUGUGACUGUGCAGAGAAGCAGCACCACAAAGAACUGGCACUGAAUCUUGAAUCUCAGAUGGUCUUCUCCAGAGAUCCUGAAGCCGACGACAUUGAAGCAGAGUAUGCUGCUUUAGACAGAAGGGAGCCCUAUGAAGGCCUGAGACCCCAGGAUCUGCGCCGCUUAAAGGAUAUGCUCAUUGUAGAGACUGCGGAUAUGCUCCAGACGCCCCUUUUCACUGCUGAAGCCCUGCUCCGAGCACAUGACUGGGACAGGGAAAAAUUACUUGAAGCCUGGAUGUCCAAUGCUGAAGACUGCUGCCAGCGUUCAGGCGUUCAGAUGCCUACUCCUCCUCCAAGUGGGUAUAAUGCCUGGGACACCCUUCCCUCUCCUAGGACACCUCGUACCACCCGUUCCUCUGUCACAUCACCUGAUGAAAUCAGCUUGUCCCCUGGUGAUGAAGACAUGCCUCUGUGUGGCAUUUGCAUGUGCAGCAUUUCAGUGUUUGAAGACCCAGUGGACAUGCCGUGUGGACAUGAAUUUUGCAGGGCAUGCUGGGAAGGGUUUUUAAACAUGAAGAUUCAGGAAGGAGAGGCACAUAAUAUCUUCUGCCCAGCCUAUGACUGUUUCCAGCUGGUUCCUGUGGAAGUCAUAGAGAGUGUGGUUUCCAGAGAGAUGGAUAAGCGAUACCUUCAGUUUGAUAUUAAGGCUUUUGUAGAAAACAACCCUGCCAUUCGGUGGUGUCCCACAGCAGGCUGUGAGAGAGCUGUACGGUUAACGAGGCAGGGUCCAGGGACGACUGGAUCAGACCCACUCACCUUCCCUUUGUUGAGAGCUCCUGCAGUGGAUUGUGGAAAGGGCCAUCUCUUCUGCUGGGAAUGUUUAGGGGAGGCACAUGAACCAUGUGACUGCCAAACCUGGAAGAUGUGGUUGCAGAAAGUUUCCGAAAUGAAGCCAGAAGAAUUGGUUGGAGUCAGCGAGGCAUAUGAAGAUGCUGCCAACUGCUUGUGGUUACUUACAAACUCCAAGCCAUGCGCCAACUGCAAGUCUCCAAUCCAGAAGAAUGAGGGUUGCAAUCAUAUGCAGUGUGCCAAGUGCAAGUACGACUUCUGUUGGAUCUGCCUGGAGGAGUGGAAAAAACACAGUUCAUCCACAGGAGGUUACUAUCGGUGCACUCGAUAUGAGGUCAUUCAGCAGGUGGAGGAGCAGUCCAAGGAGAUGACAGUGGAGGCCGAGAAGAAGCACAAGACCUUUCAGGAGCUGGACCGAUUUAUGCACUACUACACUAGAUAUAAAAACCACGAGCACAGCUACCAGCUGGAACAGCGACUGCUAAAAACAGCCAAAGAAAAGAUGGAACAGUUAAGCAGAGCUCUCAGCAGAGCAGAAGGGGGCCCACCUGAUACCACCUUCAUUGAAGACGCUGUACACGAGCUCUUGAAAACCCGCCGUAUCCUUAAGUGUUCUUAUCCAUAUGGUUUUUUUUUGGAACCCAAAAGCACAAAGAAGGAGAUUUUUGAACUAAUGCAGACUGACCUUGAAAUGGUGACUGAAGAUCUUGCGCAAAAAGUUAACCGGCCUUAUCUUCGCACCCCUCGCCAUAAAAUUAUCCGAGCGGCAUGCCUUGUUCAACAAAAAAGACAGGAGUUCCUGGCUUCAGUGGCCCGUGGUGUUGCUCCCAAUGACUCUCCUGAGGCUCCCAGACAUAGUUUUGCAGGCGGAACAUGGGAUUGGGAAUAUUUGGGAUUUGCAUCACCAGAGAUCCUGAGGAAUCAAUCAAUACUUGGAGGGAGUGCUCAAAUGGAAAACUCUCAAAGUGCAGGAAUCCAGCAGCAGGAAUAUGCAGAGUUUCAAUACAGAAGGAGGCACCGGCAACGCAGACGUGGAGAUAUGCACAGCCUCCGCAGCAAUACCCCAGACCCAGAUGACCCAAGUGAGAGCACUUUAGAGACCCAAGAGGGAGGUAGCAGUCGGAGACAUGGCACUUCCAUGGUGAGUUCAGCUUCUAUGAGUAUUCUGCAAAGCUCUUCGCUUCAUGACUAUACUACUGUCAGUCGCUCUGAAAACCAGGACUCUCUUCAGGCUCUGAGCUCCUUGGAUGAAGAUGACCCAAAUAUUCUUCUAGCCAUCCAGCUUUCAUUGCAAGAGUCUGGACUGGCAAUGGCUGGCGAUACCCAAGAGUUCCUUAACAAUGAAGCUUCACUGGGUGCAAUUGGCACAUCUUUGCCUUCUAGACUUAACACAGCUCCACAGAGUAUGGAGGUUCCCAGAGCAUCUCUUAGUAGUUCAGAGCUGCUGGAACUUGGCGACAGUCUUAUGAGAUUAGGCUCAGUGACAAAUCCCUAUGCCACUGAUCGUUUUGAGAACAUGUGUUCUUUUGGUGAUGCUGCGGGAGGAGUCCUGUCCUCUUCCAGCGAUACUGAUUCUGCAAGCCACGACCCAUCGAUGAAUGCAAAUCUGUUAGGCAACAUCAUGGCUUGGUUUCAUGAUAUGAACCCUCAGAGUAUAGCACUCAUUCCCACUGCACCCUCUGAAACAGACUUGGACUCUCAGCAGCUAAGCACUUCAGAGGAGCUGCAGUCUUGCAGGACAGAAGAAGCAGCCCAGCAAGAGCAGCAUGUACACUUUGAGAGUCCAAGUGCUGGAGAAGGAAACCAGGCCAUGGAAUCAGAGGAACGCACCUUCCAGGAGAGAGCUGCUGUCCAGGAUCCCCUGCAAGAAAGCAUGGAGCAACACUGUAGUGGGGAACUGGGUCAUUCAGGCAGGUCAGAAUGUGACUCAGCCCCUGAAUCACAAAUUGUUAGUACGACAUCUGAAUGGGAUGAACAGGUUCACUUAGUCUGACCAUGCUGCGGAGGUAGCACACCUUGAAAUGGUAACCAGUUUGAUUUGGCCAUUUAGCAGCAGUGGCAGUCACUAAAAAUGGAAAACAAAAGGCAUACCAAUUAACAAUUAAAAUUAUUUCCUGUUGGUGGCUUUAAAAAGAGUUUUUUUUCUCCUACUUCUUCACAAAGUAGGGAGGUAAGCAAUUUUGCUGACUUUUCAGAAAUCCCUGGAGCAGUAAAUCAGUAAAAGUUGUUGACGUAAACCAUUAUGACAACACCUCUAACACUCUGGAGACAAAAAGAGAUCCACGACUCGAUGAAGAAAAACACUAGGGAAGGAGCCAACUGUAGGCCUGUUCAUCGACAUUACAGACAACUGUAGCAGAACGUCUGAAAAUCGAGUAGUCCAACGGAUUAGAGUUGACGAAGAGCACUUUUACGGAUUGAUUUUUAAAGCAUCGAAUUUAAAGAUUGUUGCUCUGGCUACUGUUAAAUGUAAAGGUGAUAAAAAAAAAAUUCAAAUAAUUAGGUUUUUUCUUUAUUUGUUUCUGAUCAUAAACCCAAGCUUCACAUCUUACCGUUUUUUUUUAGGUGUUUUUUUUUUUAUUAUUAUUUAAUAAUGCCAACAUUAUCAAAUAACGGUUUGGCAGAAAGGUACAAGGCUGGACAGGAGCAAUUGCUGAUUCAAAGUUUGAAGUACAAUCAAAAAGCUGGAUUGCUGACAUUUAUAUAAACAAUAAAUCUGCCUAUUUUAUACCAAAAGGUGCCAAACUGUAAUCAUCUAAAGCAUUUCAUUUGGUUUAUUAAGUGUAAAUUGUGCCUGUGUUGUUGCAAACCAAUCAGACUACACUUUUUUGAUUUAUUAAACCGUUUUUUAAAUGAAUAUAUAGAACGAAUUUUUGUUGGCAGAUACAAACUGUACUGUCAGCCGUGUUUAUUCAAAGCUGCUGAUUCCAAGCAAAACAGAAAUGGGCAGCAUGAGGUGCACUAUGAAACAACAGACACUUUACUGGAAGUGCAAUCAUUUUCUUUUUUUCUUUUCUAUCUGUUUCCUUUCCUUACUUUGCAAGUAUUUGAAGCACUAUUGCGUGCCAGAGACCAUUUGAAAACAGCAGCUUCAGCAGCCCUGCAAUACAAAGUGAUUCUCUGUUUUUCGAGCGAGCUGCAGUGCUAACGUCAAGGCGGUUAAUCAGCCCAGAUCCAUUGCUGUGCCUUUUUUCUAGCCCCACUUUAUUUAUCGCCAUGCAUCAUGACCUAUUUCCAGAUCUGCAUGUCCUAACUUAGAACGAUAUUAAGAUAUCAAAACCAGAACUAAAUGAGUGAAUUUUCAAAUGGCAUAUUUUUAUUUUCAUUGGGUUCUUUUUACAUUGAAAGAAUUGAUUAGGCCAUUCAAACUUAUUUUUUUAUGCAUUGACAAUAUAACAGUUUUUACAUGAAUGUAGUUAAAUGCAUUGUGUUCAUUGUUGGUUAACAUUGUAGCAUUUGAGUUUUUCAGUUCAGUUUUCGUUAAUAUUUUUUUUUUUUUGGUUAGGCAUAAUUUGGGUUUUUGGAGUGAGACAUGCACAGUCUGAAGGAAAAAUGGCAAAAGAAAUACAUUUGUUCAAAUAAGUAGAUUAGGAGAAUAUUGUUUCGAUAUGUUACUGAGAUUUAAGUGUUAGACCACUAGAAAGGCAUGAUGUGCUUCUGGAUAUUGUCUCAUGUUGAACGAUAACUGACAACUGAUAUUCCCUAAUAUCUUAUUAACCACUGUCAUUUUAAAAAUGUAUUUAGACAGUAAGAAUUCGAUUCAAUCUAUUUUUACUUGUAAUUAUUUCAAUAAAAUGAACACCCUGAGAGUCUUCUCAGUUCAAUUUGGUUUUAUUCUAAAUUAUUGUCUAACAUUUCUUAACUAAUUGUAAUUUAUCGCGGAGAAAAGUUACAGUUAAAUUAAAAAACGAUCUGUAUUACAUUGAAACGUGUCUUGCAAAGUACAGAUGUGUAAGAUUGCUGUAUAUGAAGUUAAGUGAACUUUGUGGGAUUUAUGCUUUGUAAACCAUUGUUUGAGUUGUGGAGUUCAGCCAUUGUCUACUUCUGUGUAGCAGUAUGCUGUGCAUGAAAAAAUGGGUUAUAUGACAUACAAUUUGUAUUUUCUUGGUACAGAAUUUAAGAACAAAUUAAGAACAGAACUGAACUGUCAAGGCAAAUGACUUUAAAAAAUUGGCACGCCUAUUUUGUAUCCCAGUUAAAUUUUAUAUUGUAAAAAAACAAAAAAAAAAAAAAAAACUUAACCUUGAAACGCUGUUUGCACUUUCAUAAUCAAUACUUGAUACAUUCCCGGAUUUAUAUAUGGAAAUAAGUAAUGUUUGAUGUCUGGCCAAUUGAUGAAAGUAUCAGUUAAGUUUUACUGUUAAUAAAAACUGUGUAAAACUUGCUUUGACUUGGCAUUUCAUCGCUCCUUUUGCUCAUGUCAUUUCUUUUUCCUGAGAGAUAUUUGUUCUAUUAAAUGUACACUAAAGUACUUUCAA